AUGACGGGCAAAGCCUUCGAAAGCGAAGAACUACGUGUGUUUCACAAGGCUUGCAGGGAAGGGAAGACGCUCGAAAUCGCGAACGCAAAGUUCAUCUCUCCAGAUUUGUUGAACACGCGGAGUGUUGUUACCGGGCGAACGGCGGUUCAUGAAGCUUGCGCGAACGGACACCGGGAUGCUCUUGAGCAGCUCUUGAAGCGAGGGGCAGACACACAAAAGACAACCUUCCUUGGGGGGGACACACCUCUUCAUUUGGCCGUGAACUCCGGCAAUAGAUCUGCUGUAUUCUUGCUCCUCCGGCACGGAUGCGACCCCAAUGUGCCCAACAAGUACUCUGCGACUAGUUUCCACUACGCUGGCAGCAAACCCACAAUCGCCAAGCUCCUUCUACGGUACGGCGGGAAAGUCUCCCUACGAGAUAACUCUAGGAAAACUCCUUGGGACCGUGUGCACGAGGAGUGUCCAGACAAUCGAGAGCUGAACAAGCUGAUGAAGGAGGCCUUCGACCGCGAGGAAGAGGCGCGUGCUAGGGCGGAGCUCGCACGGGUGAAAGAGGAGGAAGAUCGUGCCAAUGCCAAGAGGCGGGAAGCCAACGAGGCGAGGGAGAGGGGGAAGAUCGAGAAGACAGCAUCAGCGUAUAGGCAAUGGCGGGGGGGGGGCUAG